UAUUACAUUAAAAUCUACUCCGCCGUGAUGAGUGUCGCCGGCGUGCACCGUUUAACUCUUUCUCUCCCGCCGAAAUGUUAUCUCCGUAACUUCAUUAGCAAUGGGAAGCACACUCCAUCUCUGCUACCACAUCGCUACUCUGUAUUCCACCAUAGUCACCGGCUGGUUACCUCCUCUAGUCAAAAAGCUUCGAAUAAAUCUGAUGCUGAGGCUGAGGCUGAGUCUUCGUAUGGUGAAGGUGAAAUGUUGGAUAAGAAUGGGACAAGCAGGAGCAACCCGUUCGUUUCAGAAGAGCUUCUCAAGAAGUUGAAGAGAUAUGGACUCUCUGGAAUACUAUCCUAUGGGUUACUUAAUACGGUCUAUUACUCCACAGCUUUCCUCUUGGUGUGGUUUUAUGUGGCCCCAGCACCGGGAAAAAUGGGUUAUCUUGCUGCGGCUGAGAGAUUUCUUAAAGUGAUGGCCAUGGUCUGGGCUGGAAGCCAAGUUACUAAGCUCAUCAGAAUCGGAGGGGCAGUCGCACUUGCACCUAUUGUUGAUAGAGGAUUGUCGUGGUUUACAGUAAAAUGCAAGUUUGAAAGUCAGGGAAAAGCUUUUGGCGCAUUGGUUGGGAUAUGUCUUGGUCUGGCUUUGAUGCUAUUUGUCGUUGUGACACUGCUUUGGGCAUAGCACAGUACAUUAAGUACGGGUUUUGGCUUUUCUUGUUUAACAGAGAUAGAUAAUAUAUGUGUAAGAAGAGAUAAUUUUAAAAACAUGGGAGCAAGCAAUGUUUCCAGAGAAUUUCAGUCUCUCGCCACAGAAGGCCCAAUUUUUGUUAGUUUUUUUUACGAAGGCCCAAUUAGAGCCCAAAAUGGAGUCAGCCAGCCGGAUGGAUCAGGGCAGGGGAGGAGCUAUAUAAACAACCGCGUGGAAGAAACCUAAGUACAAAUAUCGACGGACCAAAAGCAUCAGCAGCCGAAUUAUCCACAAACCUUAAGAGGACGAAGGAGACACGAUCAUGCUGUUACACUAUACCCGUCGCAGUAGGGCUAAGAUUCUAGAGAAGAUGAAAAAACCUAUGCCUACUAUCAGUGUAAUUUUAUUAUAUUUUUGUU